UCAGUACCGAAUAAAUACGAUUUGCUACUGCUCUACAGUCAAUGUCAGUCGCGUCAUCAAUGAGAUUUAUCAUGAAAAAUACGAAGAGAAUCUAAACAAACGCUACACUAUAUUACAGGCUGAUAUCAUGGAUACUUUACAUGUAAACCCAGUAAGGCAAAGAUUAAAUAAGAUUUUCGAUACACAUAUAAUAGAUGAUAACAGUGAAGCUUUAAAUACGGUGUCUGGAAUAUGCUCUUCAAAUUCUUCUUACACAAGAAGAGUGUUGGUCAAUGAAAUCGAAAAGAGAGAUAUACUUGUAAACAAAGCAGUAUUAUUAGAAUUUAGGAAGGUAAAAGGUAAGCUUCAAGUGCUUUUAGACUCCUUGUCAACUUUGAAUAUUGCUGUUAAAGAUAUGUCAAAUCGACUACAAGAAUCUAAAACAAAGACCCACCAUUUGAUUAAACAAACUACUAAACUGAGAGAUGAAAGAAAAAAGACAGAAAAAAAGCACAUAUGGGUUGAUGCAUUGGUAAAUAAUUUUCAAAUACCUCCAGAACAGAAUGAAUACCUCAAUAAUGUUUCUAUAAAAAUGCCAAUAACAGCUGAUUUUUUUGGCACUUUAUCACAAAUUGAAAAGUUGUAUGAUAAUUGUAGAACACUUGUAAAAUGUUGGUACCAGACUUCUGCAUUUGACAUUAUGGAGAUAAUAAGCAUGCAACAAGAGGUUGCUAUUGAAAAACUCUAUCAUUGGACAAUAGGAGCUUGUCUCAGUAUUGAUUCUCCUUCCAAUGCAUUAGUUCCAAAAGCAUUAGCAAAAUUUCAAAAUAGACAAGUUUUAUUUUCAAAUAUUGUUGAUGAGUAUUGUUCUGCUCGUAAGGCAACUACAGUACAAUCGUUUAUUGAUGCACUUACUAAAGAUGGUGAUAAUGGCUCUAAGCCAAUAGAAUUUUAUGCUAAUGAUCCAAAACGGUAUAUAGGAGAUAUCUUAACAUGGGUUUAUCAUAUUAUACCAAUUGAAAAAGAGUACCUUAUCACACUCUUUAAAUUUUGUAAUAUUAAUGAUAAAAAUCAACAGAUAACAGAUGCUUUAACAAAUAUUAUGGAAGCUAUAUGCCCACUUUUGAAAGUUAGAGUUGAGCUCAUAUUAAAGCCUGAUAAAGAUCCAUUAACUUUGUGGUCUAUUACUAAUCUAAUAGUAUACUAUAAACAUGUAAUUCAAAGUGUCAUUCCUAAAGGACAUUUGGUUGAUACUUUUGAAGAAUUGUUAAAAAAAAGUGAAGAAAUGUUUUUAAUAACAUUGGAUAGCAAAAUUCAAAGAGAACUUAGUCAUGGUGUGAAAGCACCUCCAGUUGAUUUGAAUCCUUCUGUAGUUGUUACCAACUUAGUUAGCUUCCUUCGUGAUUUAUUGGCUGCUAUGAAUAUCUCUGACAACAUCAACAAAUAUGACAAAAAGAUCAUUACAAAUCAUAUAUUGGAUCCACUUUUGCAUGCAAUAAAUGAAACAGCCUGUCACUUGAGCUCAACUGAUAUGUCAGUGUAUAUGCUCAAUUGCAUUUAUCAUAUCCAGUGUACUCUAUCAUUAUAUACAGUCAUGGAUGAAUACAAUGAAAGACUACAAGCACAAUCUGAAGCACAAAUUGACACUUUAACAUCAGAGCAAGCAAGUUUUCUAGUAGCAAAUUUGAAUUUAGGACCAAUAUAUACAAUUCUACAAGAUAAGAUUAGUGGUCCAUUAUCUGCCAUACCAGGGAUGGAUGCAGCGACCUUGAAAAUAUUUCUAAACAAGUUUGACUUAUUUUUAGCAUCUCCAGAUACAUAUAUAUUGACGCAGCUAAAUUUGUUACUAAGUCAUUCACACAAAUCCGUUAUAAAAAAGAGAGCUUUUGAAGUCAUAUUGGCUAUUUAUGGACAAUUAUAUAAAGCUGUUCAUGACCCUAUAAAUGGAUAUUCAGAGCCAAAAAUGGUUAUACAGAGGGAUCCAGAUGAAGUGGCGAAAUUACUUAUGUAAUAAAACUGAGAUUGAAGUAUUUUAUCAAACAGAAAAUAGAAGAAAAAGUAAUAAUGAUGAUUUAGUUG